GACAAAUAGAUAACACGCCAGAGGACUGUGAAGCUCUGGUUUGUUCAUCCAUGGCUUCGUCUCUUUGUAUGAACACCUCCGAUAGACGGUUAUGAAUGCACCAGCCCAUACUGCAUACUGCAUAUCAAACUCUUCCAGAAGUUUAUCCACAGCCAGCUUUCGAGCCAUCAGCAAUGGCGACAACAAGACUGUUAAUCACUCCUAUCACUCACUGUUCCACACUAUCAACUCGAGAACUGCACCGUAUUGGACACAAUCGAAUGCCAAAAAGAGACAGAAGCCUUGUAGUUCGACUAUCAUCCUCCCUAGAUGACACCCUCUUAUCUACUUCAUCGCCUUUUAUUGAGCACAUCCACCACCACCCGCAGACACUCUUUCACCUCGCUGAUGCCACAGGUUACUCGUUGGCCAGUUACUACACUUCUCUGGGUCUUUUUGUUAUCUCAGUUCCCGGCCUUUGGUCCCUCAUAAAGAGAUCAGUCAAGUCGAAGGUUGUGCAGAAGACGUUCAUCGGAGAAGGGACAGGCUGGAAGAAAUCACCCAACCAAGUCGCGGGCGAAAUACUUUCCUUUUUUACUCGCAACAAUUUUGCAGUUGCAGACAGAGGAGAGACGAUAACGUUCGAAGGGAUGAUGGUGCCGAGCCGUGGCCAGGCGGCGCUACUGACUUUCUGCACGUGCAUCAGUCUCGCUAGCGUAGCCCUCGUUCUCACAAUAACUUUCCCGGAUGUCGGAAACAACUGGUUCUCGCUCACCAUAUUGAGCCCCCUCGCAGGAGUGUAUUACUGGAAAAAGGCGUCCCGGAAGGAGCAGAUAAAGGUGAAGAUGACGGUGGGCGACGACGGGAACCUGUCCGAAAUUAUGGUGCAGGGGGACGACCAGCAGAUAGAGGAGAUGAGGAAGGAGCUGCAGCUGAGUGAAAAGGGUAUGGUUUAUGUGAAGGGCAUUUUUGAAAGGUAGAUAAAUUAUUGUCAUUAUUAUUAUUAUUAUUAUUAUUAUUAUUAUUAUUAUUAUCAUUGCAGUUGUUGUUGUUCUUUGUACUUAACUAUUCUUACACGAAAAUGCUGCAUACAUUACUUCUGAGUUUAUUCUAAAAGGACGACACUUAUACCUGUUUAAUUUGCAA